AUGGCUCGAGACAUAAAAUUCAACUACGGAACCACAAAAGAUGUUAUCGAGGUUUCAAACCUAGGUACCGUGACUGGUAUAAAGUUCCCAGAAUUAUGCGUGACACAGUUUCUAGGUGUUCCAUUUGCUGAAAUCCCAGGAAGAUUUCGUAAGUCUAUACUACUUGAUACCUGGGCCAACAAAAGCUGUGAUGCUACGAAUUUCGGACCCUAUUGUCACCAAGUUGAACGUUCGUUUUAUCCCAUUCCCCUGUAUGAACGUCCUUGGUCUAAGAUACCUAUUAAGUCUGAACACGACGUUCUCAAUCUAAAUAUUACAUGUCCUUGUAACGUCAAUGAGGAGGUGAACUUACCUGUGAUGGUAUUUAUUCAUGGUGGUGCUAACACUUAUGCCGCCGGCAGCGCUAGUAUGUAUGAUGGUCUUCAUUUGGCCAAGCUUUCUCAAGAUUUGAAGCAGCCAACUAUAAUUGUGACUAUCAAUUAUCGAGUAGGAGCUGCUGGCUUCUUGGCUUCUCAUGACUUGAAAAAAUACAAUGAAAAGUUUGGUGAAUCUGGUGUAGGAAAUUAUGGUGUAUGGGACCAGAUUAAUGCGUUACGCUGGAUUAACAAGUACAUUCAUUCUUUUGGAGGUGAUGCCAAUAGGAUAACAGUAUUUGGGCAAUCAGCCGGUAGCCAGGCCACUCACAUGGCGAUAUUGAGGGAUGAGAAAUUAUUCAGUAGAGCAAUACUUCAAAGUGGGUUGUCCCCCCUUUGUGGAAUAUUUUCGAUUGAUCAAUAUGAUAGAGUUUAUUUCAAAUUGCUAGAAAAGUUAGGAAUCGAUACGACAUUGACCCCAGAGAAGAGGGUAGAAGCGUUACUAGGUGUGGAUGGUGCUGAGUUAGCACAGGCUAAUGAAGAUAUUUUUGAUAUUCAGGUUGUCACAAUGGCAUAUACAGACGAUAGAGAAGUGUUACCAAAUAAUGCAAAAAUCCCGUCAUGGUCGAACCUCGAUAAGCCCAUUUCAUCUUCUAUCGAAGCUGUAAUGAUUGGUGAUUGUAAGAAUGAAUGCAUCAUAUGGAAUGAUGCAUAUAAAUCGUAUUCCGCUGAAGAGUUUAUCCAAAUCCUAAAGUCGAAAUGCUCUACUGAUGAUAUUGCUGCAACAUUUAUUGACCUCUACAAGAUACAUCCUGGAUUAACUAAAAGUGAAACUUUCAAUAGAAUUGAAAUGUUUACGAGUGAUGGAAUGUAUCUUUUGCCCAAUUAUAUUUUCUGUCUUGCAAAUGGUAAUGCUUUUCGCUAUCACUUUGAUGAACCAUCAACUUAUAACAAUGAGUGGUGUGGGUAUGCUCAUCAUUCUUUGGAUAAUGUUUAUAUCUGGGGUAUGUUGAAGGACUCUUUAGAAGGUCCUCAGCGUGUCUUAUCAGAGCACAUGUCCAGAGUUUGGUUGGAUUUUGCGAAUGGCAAAACUGUCUGGGAAAGUUAUAAGGAGAAUGGUAAGUCGAUGGUGUUUGGCCCUGAAGGAAAGUGUGGUCUUGUCAGUGAUUUUGACGACGAUAAGAGAAAUUCUCGAUAUCCUAUUUGGAGAAAAAUUGUAGAAUUAGAUCUAGUGCAGGAAUUUGGAAGAGUUUGUGAAGAUAUUUGUCUUUUAAGAAGUAAGGAUCAUGGAUAUAUAUGA